AACGGAUAUUGCACUCACUGACCACAUUCUACUGCAGAACACUGACUCUGCACAAGUUCCUCAUUCAGUCCCACGUCAAGUAACCUGAACUACCUCUUUUAAUGUACUGAAGCGGUGUCACUAUAUCCUGUCAUGAAGAAAACUAAUAAUAACUAAUAAUUCUGCAAUGUAACAACACGCAUCUGUCUAAUUCAUGCAUUCUGUACUUGACACCAGACUAACUAACCUUUACCUGUCAGCCCUUUAUGCUGACAACCACAUGAAACUUCACGUGGAACAGACAAGGUCUCAGCUUUAAUUUAUUCAUUUAUUUAUAUUAGAGCGAUGCACAAACCUGUUAGCCACAACAAGUAUUAAAAUGGAUCUCACAUGUGGCAAUUUUCAGUUAGUUCAUGUGUUGAACUGACACAUUUGAGUUUGACAAAAGUGGCUCACACACUGAUUGAUUUAUUUAUUUAGUUGCCUUGACCACCAUUGCGACAUACGUACAGUAUAUUAAGAUUGUGCCCACGUGUAACUUCAUCACAUCUUUUUUUUUCCCUGUUUCUCAGAAGCGGUUGUGUAUAUAAGCAGGAAACUACAGCACGUCGUCAGUGUAACUACUUGAUGCAGAGGACGACGCAUUAGACAGCCUUAAACCACACCAAGCAGGUUUGACUCUGAAGAAUGGAUUUCUACAACAUCACCAACAGCGACCUCGACGAUUUUUUAGACAAGCUCCUCAGAAAUAUCGACUCUGAACACUACUGGGAAAGAGUUAAACUCAUCAUGCAUGUGGUAACGUGCAUAAUCAUUUCUAUCGGACUUCCUUUGAUCCUCGUGGCCAUAUAUGCCCUUUAUUCUCUGGUGAGAAAUGGUCAAGUUGCUCCGAUCUACGUCAUCAACCUUCUCAUCACUGACCUCAUCCAGCUCUGCUGCAUGAUCACUUCGGAAGCAGGACUUCGGGAGCCAUCAAUUCCACGGAUGUUUUUAAAUAUUGUAUCUUACAUUCACGAAUACAGUCUGCUGACCAGUGUCGGCUUCAUGGUGUGUGUCGCCCUGGAAAGGUAUUUGGUCGUCGCCUGGCCACUGUGGUACCGCUUCAGACGAACCAUCAAGAUCCCUGUGGUGGUCUGUGUCGUGGUCUGGGUCCUUCCUCUUGUCUGUCUCCUCACUUUCUAUUUCUUGGUUAAAUUGGAGGUCUUUUCCACCAUCUUUGCCAUCCUCCUCCUCCUUCCUCUCCCACUGUUCAUAUUCCUACUGGGUGGGACCCUCAAAGCUCUGUCUGCCAGCACUGUCCCCUCUGAUGAAAAACGAAGAAUUGUGGGAGUUUUGGUUCUGGUGCUGCUUAUUUACACACUGCUGUUCAUGCCCAGUGUCAUCUGGUUACUGUCAGAGGAAGCAGGAAUGAACUUUUACUUUGGAAUUCUGUCAUACACGUUUCUUAAGUUGAGUCCUCUUGCAGACUUAUUCCUGUAUGUGUUCAUGAGGAAAGGGAUCAUAGACAAGCUUUUGGCCUCUGUGUGUUGUUGCAGAAUGGACAGCAAUGAUAUCAGCAGAUCACCAGGAAAUGAUGACAACAUUCACACAGUCAGCUCUGUGUAGGCAGAGAAAGAGGGAGAGAGAGAAAGGAGAGAAAACAGAAGGAGAAAUGUAGGCAAAUAGAAAGAAUAGAGACAAGACAGAUACUGUCAUCUACUGAUACGAUUUCCAAUCAGACACCUAACUGUAGAUAAAAGGAAGCAUUGCUUUGACUCUGCUGUGGGAGAACUGGUUGCUGGGAAAUGUUUUGGUCAACUUGUUCUGGUUCACUGUGAAGGCUUCAACACAUGUAAAUAAAAUAUGUUUCUUAUUAUUUUGUCAGCUGUAAGUUGAUGUCUAUCAUUAUUAUCUUUAUGUUUUGAUGAACUGAGCUCAUUAUAGCCACCAAAAUCUUUAUUCUGACUGUUGUCUGUUUCUUUAACAGGGAGAGCAUCUUAACAAGUCUUUAGGACUUUUUUCUUCUUUGGUCUCUCUUUAAAUUUCAUUUCUUGUUCAGUUUUUCUCAGUUAUAUCUAACGUACAUCUAUCCAAAACUGCUUUUGUUUUUGCUGCAUAUUAUUUGUUCAUCUUUAUUUCAUAUUUUUGCUGUUUUAGUGGUUGGCAUGUUAGUUUUUAGGAUGUGACUCAGAGCAUGUAUUUGAACAGUUCUUGUGUGUUUUCAAUAAACACUUUCUACUGAU